AUGGCUUCUAUCGCGUCGCUCAGGCGUCUGCCUCGGCUGGCGACAGUGCCGCUCGUCGUCACCGUCGUCGCAAUCGCCGCCGCGGCGUUCCUUCCCACCGGCGACGCAAUCCGCAUGGCCGCGUCGUCCGAUCCGAUCAUCCUCAAGUCGCAGCUGGACGUUCUCCGUCAGCUCGGCGCGCAGUCGGGCAAGGACUUCGUGUUCAAGUCGUGGACGGCGAGCGGCGCGCCCCUCAAGUGCUCCAAGUACCAAGGAGUGACGUGCGACGCCGAGGGAAAGAUCGUCACACUCAACGCCACGUCGGCCAAUCUCGUGGGACCCAUCGACGCGCUCUCCGCGCUCGACCAGCUGCAACGCCUCGAUCUGAGUUCCAACGGCGAUGUUGAGGCGCUGCCGCAGUCGUUCACCAAGCUCAAGAAGCUCAUCCACCUCGAUGUGUACAACUGUUGGAUCAAGGGCCGCAUUCCGGCCUUCCUCGGCCAGCUCACUGCCCUCACAUACCUGAGCAUUGGUGGUAACCCGCUAGACGGUGCCGUGCCUGCCAGCUUCGGCAACCUGGUCAACCUCGUCUCCCUCAACAUCGCUGGGACAGGGGAGGACGGCGUGGGAGGGGCCUUGCCCUCUAGCUUUGCCAACCUGAAGAAACUCAAAGAGCUCUAUCUGCGCAACAACCGCUUCAGCGGGCCGCUACCGGACUUCCUUGGCUCUUUCACCAACCUGGAGCGCCUCAUGGUGAGCAAGAACUACUGGGAGGGCGCCAUUCCCAAGAGCCUGUCGCAACUCAAGAAGCUCAAGUUCCUUGGGCUGAUGGAGACCGCACUGGAGGGCGAGGUUCCAACGUUCCUGGGCACACUUGGCGAGCUCACAUACCUCUCCCUGUCCAGCACGCGCCUGUACGGGGAGGUGCCUAAGGCGCUCAACAGGCUGGCAAAGCUCAAAGAGCUGUACCUGGAUAACGGAUGGUACUACGGCCCCCUGCCUGACCUGAGCGGCCUCAAGCAACUCACCCUCAUGUACGUCCUCUCUUUCACCCACCUGCUCGCCUGCCUACCGACUUAUUCCUUCCCUCCCUGCUCUCUCGUUCCCUAUCGCCUCUCUGCAUCCCGCCUCUCUGCAUCCCGCCUCUCUGCAUCCCGCCUCUCUGCAUCCCGCCUCUGUGCAUCCCGCCUCUCUGCAUCCCACCUCUCUGCAUCCCGCCUCUCUGCAUCCCGCCUCUCUGCAUCCCACCUCUCUGCAUCCCGCCUCUCUGCAUCCCGCCUCUCUGCAUCCCGCCUCUCUGCAUCCCGCCUCUGUGCAUCCCGCCUCUCUGCAUCCCGCCUCUCUGCAUCCCGCCUCUGUGCAUCCCGCCUCUCUGCAUCCCGCCUCUCUGCAUCCCGCCUCUGUGCAUCCCAUCUCUCUGCCUUCUCUCAUCUUCCUCCACACCCUUUGCUUUCCAACACUCCUCACUCUCCGACCUCCACUCCCCACCCCUUCCAGUGA